AUGCAGCGGCGGGAGCUGAACCAGUGGUUGGCGCAGCUGGAGGACGGCUCAGGCGACAUCACACAGAAGGGCUACGAGAAGAAGCGGAGCAAGCUGCUGGCGCCGUACCUGCCCGGCCAGUCGGAGAGUCCGCCGGUGCCGCUGCCGCGCCAGAGCCGCCAGCACAAGUCGUCAUCAGGUGAGGGCGCCGCCAGUCCCAGCAGCCGGGCCCGCCGGCGCGCGCAGCGUCGCGUCACAAGGAAUGAAUCUCGCUACCACUCAGAGGUGCGGCAGGAGGCAGUGCAGCAGGCCAUCGCCGCCAUGCAGAGCCGGCCCAAGCAGCUGCCCAUGCCGUCCAAGCGGCAGUCGGUGAUGGCGCGCAGUCCGGAGGCG